AUGGAACAUAGAAAAAAUAGACUGGACAUUCCAACUAAUAAUAAUAGUGGAUCCUUUCCAGAUGAUUUUCUAGGUCGAAGCUGAGACGGCACUAACAACCCUACCCGCAGCAGUUCACGCUCAGAGCUUAUGCAUGCCUCAGUUUCUCAAUGUCUAAGUGGAAUCCUUGACGAAGAGCCAUCUCUAUCUUAUAGUGAAGAAUUUGACCCAAAUAACCCUGACUUUGAGUUCACGAUCGCAAAUGUCCCUUUCUUAUGCCGAUCCAAAUCAGGAAGCAAAAGGGCACAGCAGUUCAUCGCAAAAAGCCGACCUGAAGAAAUCGAGCAAAUUGUUGAAGUCGUUUCUCCAUACUUACUCUCUUCUUUUAAAUUUGAGCUAAAUUUCUGUUCUCAUUUAAUUUUGUGAAUAAUUUUUUUUAUUAAUUUUAUUUCAUUUUGAAUUAAUUCAUAAAAUUAAUUGAUUCCCAGUGCUGUUUAAAUUCUAUGAGUUUGACCUUUUUGGGACUAGCAAACCAAUGCAAUAAUUCCAAUCAGUUUUCAGAAUAGGCGAUUUAGCAAGGAACAUAGAAUUCUGCUUGCAUUCCUAGAUUAUUAGGUCAAAGUCACCUAUAAAAAAAAUUGCCCCAGGUUAACUACCCAAAAAAAGGAUAUUUGUUCUAAUUUAAAGUGAUGAGUUAGGGGAACUUAUGUCAGACCUCUAUGGGAACUACAUGUGCCAGACCCUUUUCCAAAGCUGUUCCUCCGGACAAAGAUUGGCCCUUUUAAAUGCAAUGAAAGACGACCUUAUCUCGGUCUCUAAAAAUCCUCGAGGAACCCAUUCUUUGCAGACUGUAAUUAGGCUUGCAAGCUUACCUGAAGAAGAAGCUGUAUAUCAAAAAGCGUUCCAAGGCCAUAUCGUGAGGCUUUCUAUGGAGACAAAUGCAUCUCACGUGGUCCAAGGGUUACUCGGUACACUAAAAAAUCGUCAUUUUAUUAUUCGCGAAAUUGUAGGACAUGUUAGAGAGCUGGCACUUGACAAACUUGGCUUAUGCGUCAUAAAAAAAUGUGUCAAUGACCCUCAGGUUUUCAAUGAAUUGCUAGGACAAGCUAUUGUGCUAAUGCAAGACCCAUAUGGAAAUUAUGCACUUCAGCAUAUGAUUGAUACUUGGCAAGAAGAAUGCUCAUUCCAGAUCAUAAAUUGUAUAAAAGGAAAGGUCGUCCAGCUUUGUAUACAGAAAUAUUCGUCAAAUGUGAUGGAAAAGUGUCUGAAAGAAGAAAGAAUGAGGCGUGAGAUUAUUAAUGAGCUGAUAAGUGGAGGGAAAAUGCAAGUGCUGCUGGGGUGCCCUUAUGGCUGCUAUGUUCUGAGAACUGCUGCGCUGGAAGCGGAGGUAGAGCUGAGGGAAGGAUUGAAGAGAGCGAUUUUGGCAGCAAUUCCUCAGAUUCAUCAGAAAAAAUUGAAGCCGCGAUGGGAUGAAAUUUUAUCUUAUCUUACUCCUAAUAGUCUCUUUGUAAGUGAGCAAAAAAUUUUUGUACGUUAGUCAAAGGGAGAAAUUUUUUAAAAUUUUAUAUUUAAAAUAUGGAAUUUUAAGAUAUAUACUAAUUGAAAUUAAAAAAUAAUUUAAUUGAUAUAUAUGAAGCUGUUAAAAAUUCAAGAGAAUUAGCGAGAGUAAUUAAUUAUAUAUCGUAUUUUUUUAUAUUGCUAGGCCAAAGGGGUUAAUUUUCUAAAAAUAGGGAUUUUUCUAAUGAUUUGACCGCAAAAGAAGGAAGGAGUUAGUUAA